UGGGAGACAAACCUGCAACCGCAAGUCUAAUCUCAGACUUUGUUUUUGGCUUUCACUUAUUCUUCCUUUAUCAUUUUCUUUCCCCUUGUUUGCGGAGCAGUAAUUUCUUGACUUUUCCCCUACCCUCAUAUUCUCUCUCUAAUUCUCUUCCACCCACCAUCGAACAACUUCAUGUUUUUGUGUAUAUAUAUAGCUAUAUAUACAUAUAUAUAUAUAUAUAUUUAUCACAAGAAGUACCCAGCUGACUCUUCUUCUCCAGCUUGAUAACUUCAUAUCAUACUCAUAAUUUGAUUAUAAUGACAGAUCCUUUCUCUCAUAUCUUUGCUUCCGGUUCAUGGUUCAAUAUCAAGCCUCUUCAUCCUCACUAUUCUUCUCAAUCUCAUAACUAUGCACUACAUUUCCCUUCUCCUCCCUCACCUCCUCUCAAAGAAGCGCUUCCUCUAAUAAACUGUUUGAGCCUUAGAAGACAAGAAGAAGAAGAGCAUGAAUCAUCGGCAGCAAGUACAGCAGAAGAAGAGGAAAAGAACUUGAACAAAGAAGAUAGUAGUACUGGUGAUGAAACUGUUACGGUUGCCCUACACAUAGGCCUGCCAAACCCUGGUAAUUCUGAUUUGGGGUCUGAACUCAGAAGAAGACCUUCAGCAUCUUCAGAUGUGAUGGACAAAAGAGGAGUCAUGAGUUUAGAAAAAUUCAACAAGUCUCAGUACUGGAUUCCAACUCAAUCUCAGAUUCUAAUCGGUCUUACACAGUUUUCAUGUCAUGUUUGUAGUAAAAGCUUUAACAGAUACAACAACCUGCAGAUGCAUAUGUGGGGACAUGGAUCUCAGUACAGAAAAGGACCCAGCUCAUUAAGAGGAACUCAGCCAACAGCCAUGCUUCGACUCCCUUGCUAUUGCUGUGCACAAGGAUGCAAACACAACAUCGAUCAUCCAAGAGCGAGGCCACUCAAGGAUUUCAGAACUCUCCGAACUCACUACAAGAGAAAGCAUGGAAUCAAGCCCUUUACUUGUAGAAAAUGUUAUAAACCAUUCGCAGUGAAAGGUGAUUGGCGAACCCAUGAGAAAAAUUGUGGCAAGAUUUGGUACUGCAUUUGUGGUUCUGAUUUUAAGCACAAGAGGUCUUUGAAAGAUCACAUUAAGGCCUUUGGUCAUGACGAUCAGGCUCUGAAUGUUCAAAACUUUGAAAAAGAAGAUGAUGAUGACGAACCUGCUUCUGAAAUUGAACACGAUGGCGAGUCCUCAAUGUGAAUUGAAACCUCAUGUACAAUUUUAUUCGUGAAUGAUUGAGGAUGGUUUGAACGUACUUUCCUUUUUCUGAAAGAGUUUAAUAUUCAAAUUAACCCUUUA